AUGUCGGACGUCGCAACCGCGCUUUUGAACACUCAAGGUUGUAGUGGGAAAUUGCAGGUUUUUGAAGAAUCUAUGGAUGUAAUUGAAAGGGAAGGUGUACUAGAUGAAGCAGGGGAAGAUGAACAAAUUGCAGCGAUAUACACAUCAGAAGAUGAACAUAUUCGGACACCGAUUAGUGGUAAUGUUAAUAUAUCUCAUUCACCUGAUAGUAAUUAUCAGAUAAUUGUAAAAACAUUAAAAACUGAUGGGGAUAAUGAUAAUUUUUCAGAUGGUAGUGUAUUAAUUCCAACAAAAAAGGCUAAAUUAUCAGGUUUAGUCUCUUACGCUAUUGAUGAAGAUGAUGAUGAACAUACAAUAGUAGAUACAGAUCAUAAUACAGAUUCAGAUCAUGAUCACGAUCAUCAUCAUAAUAAUAAUAAUAGUAACAGGAGUGAUAAUGAAUUAAAUCAUAUUAAUCAAUCACCAAUUACUAUACUAUCAGAAAAUCAAAUUCAUACCAUAUCAGAAAUUAUCAUUAAUGAUAUAAAAACAUUAACUAAUCAUAAUGAAAGUAAUGAAAUGAAACAAUCAACUCCUACACUAACACAACGUUUAAUAGAAGAGAUUCAAUUACCAUCUGAACCUGUUGGUCAUUGUUCUAUGCUAUUACAAGAGAGAAUAGAACGUGCUGUUCGACGUAUGCGUUUAGAUAUAAGUUAUGAUCCUAAUAGAGCUAUACAAGAUAAUAAAUCAUUUCGUAAUCCAAGUAUCUAUGAGAAAUUGAUUGAUUUCUUGAAGAUUGAUGAGAAAGGUACCAAUUUUCCUACAGAUAUCUAUGAUCCGUAUCGUUGGAGUCCUCAAUCCUAUUAUGAAGAACUUGCUAGAGUACAGAAUCGUGAAAUUGACAGAUUAAUGAAAUUACAGAAAGAACUUAAAAAAUCUGAUACAAAUACAACAACUGCAAACACUACUACUAAUACAUGUCCACAGAAAACGUUGAAUAUUACUAGUUCACUUUCUGAAAAAGUAAAUUCAACCAUUGGAGGAUCUGUUGCUACAGGAUACAUGGAACCGAAAAAACCAAGCAAAUGGGAUACUGGUAUCCCUUCAGCAAACAAUCCACUUCAUGAUAGUAGUACAGCCGCAGAAGCUUUUGUUAAACAGUCAGUCCUUCCUGUGGGAAGUUUAAUUAAACGAAAUUGA